GGAGAAAUUAUGUCACUAAAGAAAACACAAGCACACCUCAGCGAAAAAUUACCAAAUAAGGCACGCACUGCACUGCACACACUCGCGUCUCGCGCGGAGUCCCGGGGGAGUCGGAUAAAGGAGGGGGUGUGUGCGGGGGUGGUGCUGAACGAACAGCUCCCGUUAACAGCGCGCUCCAGUAAAUAAAGUCAUCAGUAGACCUCGCGGCGCGCAACAGUCACCGAAAGACACAGUGGAGCCAUGAACCAGCAGCCGAGCUCUCCGGCCUCCAGACUCGCGCUUAAACUUUGGGAGCCCGUCAAGUCACCCAGACCAUGAAGAGGCAAAACGUGAGGACUCUCGCGCUCAUCAUCUGCACGUUCACCUACCUUCUGGUUGGAGCCGCCGUCUUCGAUGCCUUGGAAUCUAAGAAAGAGACCACUCAGCGGAAGAAACUGGACGUUAAAAAAUCAGACCUAAUGGGCAAGUACAACCUGACGAAGGAAAACUUUUACGAGUUGGAAACGGUUGUGUUGCAGCUGAAGCCGCACAAAGCCGGGGUUCAGUGGAAAUUCGCCGGGUCUUUCUAUUUUGCCAUCACUGUGAUCACGACCAUAGGGUACGGGCAUGCGGCCCCCAGCACGGACGGCGGUAAGGUGUUCUGCAUGUUCUACGCGCUGCUGGGCAUCCCGCUGACGCUGGUGAUGUUCCAGAGCCUGGGCGAGCGCAUCAACACGCUGGUGCGCUACCUCCUGCACCGCCUGAAGAGGGCGCUGGGCCUGCGGCGGCCCGAGGUGUCCAUGGCCAACAUGGUGGCCAUCGGCUUCUUCUCCUGCGUGGGGACGCUGUGCGUGGGGGCCGCCGCCUUCUCCCGCUACGAGACCUGGAGCUUCUUCCACGCCUUCUACUACUGCUUCAUCACGCUGACCACCAUCGGCUUCGGCGACUACGUGGCCCUGCAGAAGGACGAGGCGCUGCAGAACCAGCCGCGCUACGUGGCCUUCAGCUUCAUCUACAUCCUGACCGGCCUCACCGUCAUCGGCGCCUUCCUCAACCUGGUGGUGCUGCGCUUCAUGACCAUGAACGCCGAGGACGAGAAGCGCGACGCAGAGCAGCGGGCCCUGCUGUCCCGCAACGGGCAGCCGGCGGGCGCGGGGGCGGGGCCUCAGCACCCGCACGCCCCCCGCAGGCCCGGGGACCCCGCCUCCUUCUCCUCCUCCUCCUCCUCCGCGGGCGGGGUCGGGGGCGGCGGCGGCGGCGGCGGCGGCGGCGGAGGAGGGGGGCGGGGCCUGCGGAACGUGUACGCGGAGGUGAUGCACUUCCAGUCCAUGUGCUCCUGCCUGUGGUACAAGAGCCGGGAGAAGCUGCAGUACUCCAUCCCCAUGAUCAUCCCGCGCGACCUGUCCACCUCGGACACCUGCGUGGAGCACAGCGAGGCCUACACCGACCCGCUGUCCAACGGCUGCGUCUGCGGCCUGCAACGCCGCUCCGCCAUCAGCUCCGUCUCCACCGGCCUGCACAGCCUCUCCACCGCCCGCGGCCCCACCAAGCGCCGCAGCUCCUUCUAGUGGCCGGGAGGACCCACUAACGCUUCCCCUCGUUUCCCUCCGUGUGGCUGUGGGGUCCACUGCUGCAGACUAAACACAGCGCCAGCUAGUGGCCGGGAGGACUCACUGCAUCCCCCCCCGUUUCCCUCUGUGCCCGUGAGAGGACUACUACAUUAAACGAGCCACAGCGCCACCUAGCACCCCGGAGGACUCACUGUGUUCUCUUUUUGUUUUCAGGUGCUCGGGGGGAUGGACUAUCACGCUAGACCAAACUGAGGCACUGUUUUAGACUAAAUAACCAUUAAAUCUGUUGGGGUUUGUCUUAAGAUUUUUUUUGUUUGUUUCAUUAUUUGCUACUUUGGUAAUAAAUGUACUUGAACUCACAGGUUAUAAUGCCUACAUAUCAUUUAAGCAUUGUUGACAGUGUUAUGUGGCAUUAUGACAUUUGUCUGUUAGCUGUAAUAAGCCGUCGUGAUUGGCUAGGGGAGGUGUCAUGUCAUGCUUAUGACAUUGUUAUACAGGCUUACAGUUCAAGUUCCAGUCCUUUUUUACUUUCUCCCUCAUGUUUAUAGUGUAUUAUCUGAUUUAUCUUUUGAUAGAGGGGGUUUUCUGAGAGACAAAAAGACACUGUUAAUGUUUAAUAUUCUUAAUAUUCUUAUGAUGAACCUGAAAAAAUUGUAUAUAAAGUAAUAUUAGUAUCCCAAUUUUUGGGAUUUUGCUUUUGAGUUUUACAAAUUAAGCAUGUUUUUCCCCAAUAAACAAUAUAUGGGGAGGGUGGACUUUUGAGUGACACUACCGUUCAUAGAAAGAAAAAAAACUGUGUACAUAUAUGUAAUUUUGACACUUUAUAUCAACUGUUUCUGGUAUUAGAAAGAGCCUAUUUUUUACACUUAAGGGAUUUAAACCAAUUAUUGUAGGUUCCUGUUAACCUGAAGUUCAGUUUCAAGUUCACACACACACACACACAUAUAUUUUACCCUGCUCAAGAGUUUAAUUUUGUACAAAGUUUUAUUAUUUCCAUUCUAACUAUCUCUCUUUUCUCAUACCAGUUUAUUUGUUUUAAUGUUUUUUUAAAUUUUAUUUCCCUUAUGACCACACACACGUGUGAUGGUUUUACUGAGCACGUUAGUCUGAUUUCAUGUAGAUUUUUAACCCUUUCACGACUGCACUUUACAAUGCUGUUAUAGGUGCGUGAUAUGUGCGUAAUAAGUGCUGUUAUAAGGCAUUGGUGACAAUGCACUCUAUCGUACAAUAAGGGCAUCCAACUGCCAAGAUUAAAUAACACUUUGUUUCUGGUUUGUUUUUUUAAAUAAACGUGUGGAUGUAUUUGUUUAUGACUUUAGUCUAUGAUGCAGCACUUCUCGAGAGACUGGGAAUGUCGAGCAGAAAUCAAACUUUGAGAAGAGGAGCAGGGUGAGAAUGUGGGAAUACCGCUUUCCUUUUCCAGAAAUAUGAAUUAUGAGUGAGAGACAGGAGCCACUCUGUUAUAUCCUGUGUGCUAAGAUCAUAAUUCUAAUAACUUGAUUGAGAAAAUAAGUAUUGUAUGGUUUGGUUGUGAGUUUAAUUAUUUAUUGUUGAAUUUAUUAAUCUGCCAUGAAUAAACCAAAUUUCCAAUGAAUAGAAAUGAGACAAAAUCUAA